AUGGCGGAUUUCACCCUCCCGCUCACGCUGCCACGGCGCCCUGGGCGACAAAAUGCGUCAACCUUCAAUCUCGGCUCCUCCAACUCUUCAGACACCGAAGACGAUGCGCCCUUGCCAUUCCCAGCUGCUCUCCCACGCACCGACUUCUUAGCUACAGAAUUCCAGCCGGCCGCGUAUCUGUCAGCUCUCCCCCAUCGCCACCAGACCCUUGAAGACCUACGAUCAGAUCUACGCGAGCGGACGGCAACCAUCAGCGCUGAGCUCCUGGAGCUUGUCAAUUCGAACUAUACUGCCUUCCUAUCACUCGGUUCAGAACUGCGGGGAGGCGACGAGAAGGUCGAGGAUGUCAAGGUUUCGCUUCUUGGCUUUCGCAGAGCUGUUGAAGAAGUAAAGGAAAAGGUCUCUGAGCGCAAGAGGGAUGCGGAUUCGCUUACCAACGAGUUGCGAGACAUACGGUCAGAUAUUGAACAAGGGCGAGCAAUGCUGGAAGUAUCGGAGCGGCUGUCUUCCCUAGAAGAAACACUGGCACUGGAUAGCCUACCUCAAAGGAAAGAGACCACGGACUGGAAUGACGAUAGUGAAGACGAAGAAGAAUUUGAAGCAGAAGCCGUCGAAGGCCUGAUAGGGAGCCCGCCUUCAAAGCUGUUGGCCUCGGCGCGCGAAUGUAGCCAUAUUACGGCCCUGAUUGGCAAGCUCGAUGACAGCAAUUCUUUUGUCGUCAAGCUGAGGGCGCGACUGACGAAAUGCCGGAAUACGCUCCUAUUAGAUUUGAAUAACGCUCUCAAGGAAGCUAGAGCCGCUGGGACAAAAGGCCAGGGCCGAGUUAUGGGCUAUCUGGGUGUUUAUAGAGCUCUUGACGCGCAAGGAGAGGCUGUCAAAGUGCUUCGCGGCAGAUGA